GACUUUUAUUUUCUGGAACUUAUUCGUUGAACCAUUUUUCUCGUAAUUCAUUUUCAGCUUUCAGGGCUAAUCCAGAUCGCCGAUCUGAUGAGCUAGUUCUUUAUUUUUUGGUAAAUUAAGAAUUUCGAGCAGUUGGGUGGGUUUUGCUUAAUUUUCGAUAAUUCCGCUGUCAUUUUUGGCAGAUGAAGUCUCAUUUCUUUUAUGAAAUAAAAUAUUUUUUUAAAAUUUGGUGAACCUUAAUUUUACCAUGAUUAUAAGAAGGACACUAUGAUAAAAAUAUAGUUAAUUUAAUUUUUUUGUGUUGUUUUGAGUUUGAUCAAUGAGUGAAUUGCCAAAUUCUAUUCAUGUUUUACAAUUUUGGGUAUAAUAUUUUUAGUUGAAUUUUUUUUGGGGUGUUAAAUUUGGAUUUGCAGAGAAUUGUGUGUUUGAGUUCCCGUUGAAAAACAAUGGGGGUGAUGUCAAGACGGGUUGUGCCCGUCUGCGGUAACCUCUGUUUCUUCUGCCCUUCGAUGCGUGCAAGGUCUAGACAGCCUGUUAAAAGAUACAAGAAGUUAUUAGCUGACAUUUUCCCCCGUAAUCAGGAUGCUGAACCGAAUGAUAGGAAAAUUGGGAAGCUUUGUGAAUAUGCUUUGAGGAACCCUUUACGAAUACCAAAGAUUACAGGUCAGCUAGAGCAAAGAUGUUACAAGGAUUUACGUAAUGAGAACUUUGGAUCUGUAAAAGUGGUACUGUGCAUUUAUAGGAAACUGCUAUCGGCAUGUAAGAAGCAGAUUCCACUUUUUGCUAGUAGUUUAUUAGGGAUCAUUCGGACUCUUUUGGAGCAAACUCGACAGGAUGAAAUGCAAAUUCUGGGUUGCAAUGCUCUUGUAGAGUUCAUAAAUCGUCAGGUGGACGGUACAUACAUGUUCAACUUAGAAGGCCUUAUUCCUAAACUUUGUCAACUGGCUCAAGAAGAUGGAGAUGAUGAUAGGGCUUUGCGUUUACGUUCAGUAGGAUUGCAAGUAUUGGCUUCCAUGGUCUGCUUCAUGGGUGAGCACUCUCAUAUAUCAAUGGACUUUGAUAGUAUCAUCUCAGUGACCUUAGAAAACUACAUGGAUGUCCAAAUCACCCCAGUCAAUGCCAGUAAAGUGGAAGAAAAUGGCUUUUCCUUCCCAGAUACCAAUGAGAAGGGCUCCUCCGCACCAAACCUUGUGAUUAACUCUGACUUAGAUCCAACCAUGGAUACUUCGAAGAGUCCCUCUUACUGGGCAAGGGUUGUCUUACGUAAUAUUGCCAGAUUGGCAAAAGAAGCUACAACUGUCCGGCGUGUGCUUGAACCUCUUUUUCAUAACUUUGAUGCUGAAAAUCACUGGUCCCAAGAGAAGGGAGUUGCUUCUUCAGUUCUAAUGUCCUUGCAGUUGCUUUUAGAAGAAACAGGAGAGAAGUCCCACCUAUUAUUGUCUAUCCUGGUGAAGCACAUGGAGCAUAAGAAUGUAGCCAAGCAACCUGAUAUACAAGUUAACAUUGUCAAUGUCAUCACACAACUUGCACAGAAUGCAAAGCCUCAGUCCUCAGUAGCAAUCAUUGGUGCAAUAACUGACUUGAUCAAGCAUCUACGAAAAUGCCUGCAAAAUUCAUCUGAAUUAUCAAGUUCUGGGGAUGAUAUUGAUAAAUGUAACACUGAUCUUCAAUUGGGCUUGGAAAAGUGUAUCUCACAGCUCUCAAAUAAGGUUGGGGAUGUGGGACCAAUUCUUGAUAUGAUGGCUGUGGUACUAGAGAAUAUUUCAACCAACAGUAUUGUUGCCAGGACAACUAUCUCUGCUGUUCAUCGAACGGCUCAGAUUAUCUCUUCUAUCCCAAACGUAUCAUAUCACAAGAAGGCUUUCCCUGAUGCUCUAUUUCACCAGUUGCUCCUCGCGAUGGCCCACCCAGACCAUGAAACUCGAGUUGGGGCAAAUAGCAUUUUCUCCGUUGUGCUUAUGCCAUCGUUGCUUUCACCUUGGUCUGAUCAAAAGAAAAUUACUUCUGAAGCUGUUUCUUGUGACUUAUCAUUUGCUGCAUCCGAAAAGGUAAGGAAUCAUAGCUUCGCCUUUCAGGAUGAAAGUAAAGACCAAGCAGAACACAUUGAUGGAAGACUAAAAGAAAAUGGAAAUCAAGCAUCAGAUAUGGCUGUGAAAAAACCAAUAAUGUAUCAGUCCCAUGGGCGCUCAUAUAGCUUUAAGGAUGUUCUGGGUGAUGGAAAAAUGCUGAGUCACCUUCGAUUAAGUAGCCAUCAAGUGAGUCUUCUGCUUUCAUCAAUAUGGGUCCAGGCGAAUUCGGCUGAAAAUACCCCUGCAAAUUUUGAGGCUAUGGCCCGUACCUACAGCAUUGCUGUCUUGUUUACCCGGUCCAAGACCUCCAGUCACAUGGCCCUAGUUCGGAGUUUUCAGCUCGCAUUCUCCCUUAGGAGCAUCUCUCUGGAUCAAGAAGGAGGUUUACAACCAUCUCGCAGAAGGUCUCUCUUUACUUUGGCAUCCUACAUGCUUAUUUUCUCAGCUAGGGCAGGCAAUCUCCCAGAGUUAAUUCCUAUUGUCAAAGCAUCUCUGACAGAUAAAACGGUUGAUCCUUAUCUCAAGUUAGUUGAAGAUAUCCAACUUCAGGCUGUUUGUGUGAAAUCUGAUGUGGAUGGCGUUGCAUAUGGAUCAAAGGAAGAUGAUCUUGCUGCAUCAAAAUUCCUCUUGUCAAUAGAGCCAGAUCCUCAUUUGAAGGAGACUGUCAUCUCCCAUUUAAUGACGAGAUUUGAGAAAUUGUCAGAGGAUGAAUUGUCAAGUAUAAAGAAACAACUUCUGCAGGGCUUUUCACCAGAUGAUGCAUAUCCAUUAGGUGCUCCAUUAUUUAUGGAGACACCAAGACCAUGUUCCCCUCUUGCGCAGAUGGGGUUUCAGGCAUUUGAAGAGAUUUUGCCUUUGGCUGCAAUGACAGAUGAAGAAGCCUUCCCUGAAGCCAAUGGAAGUCAGUCAGAUCGCAAAACAUCAUUAUCUAUCAGUACGCUAGAUGUUUUAAGUGUGAACGAGCUUUUGGAUUCGGUUCUGGAAACAGCCCGACAAGUUGCAAGCUUUUCAGUUUCCCCUACACCCAUUCCUUAUGACCAAAUGAAGAGUCAGUGUGAGGCUCUUGUAACGGGUAAACAGCAGAAGAUGUCAGUGCUUCAUAGCUUCAAGCAUCAACAGGAUGCCAACGCGACCUUGGAGGAAACUGAAAAGGAAGUCCUCUAUUUACCAAGUGUGAAAAUGGAGUUUUCUGAAGAUCGGAUGUUAAUUAGCAGGGAGCAAGGUCACGUAAUGGGACAGCUUGCUCUCUGUUCACAUGAAUUCGGGCAACAUUCUUUCAGAUUACCACCAUCAAGCCCCUAUGACAAGUUCUUGAAAGCAGCUGGAUGCUAAAGAGACAACUGUCAAUUCUUUUCAUAUUUUUUGUUGCCGUGGAAGCUCAUUCUAGGCAUUUUCUACCUUGUCACACCAAAAUGGAAGAAGAGACUAGGGGAGGGGGUAGGAUGGGCAUGAUAUGGUGUUGCUUGAACAAAAAUAUUUCUUAAUGUUUAGAGCACGAACUCCACUCCAGCAUAUUGUACAAGAAGAGCAAUCUAGGACUCAGAUUCUUCGUAUGACUUAAUGUAAUUUUAUCCUUUGCAAGUUUUGGCUUCCCCUCCCUUUUGUGUAAAUUCCAACAUUUAGCAGUUGAUGAACCAAGCAAGGUGUGUACAUUUAAAGUUGUAUGUGUCCUAAUUAUCUCCUUAUUUUUCUUUUCCUUUGAAAUUGUAUGUAGAAAUUGGUGGAUGAUUUUUCUGUUCUUUUUCUUCUUCA